GGAAAUUAAGUGGCGUUCACGUGGGGGAGGGGGAGUCACAGCUUUUAUUAGCUCCAGAAAAUGGUCAGUGUUCGGUCUGUAACUAGGAAUUAAUUAUAUAUAAUCACUCAGUAGACUUUCUUCAGAGUUUUUCUAAUUGCUGAGCAUGAACAUAGUUAGCCUGUUGGAGCCAAGUCCAGUUACUUUUAUAAUUAACAGCUCAAGGAUUUGAGUCAGAAAGAAACAAACAAUGCGGCCUCUGGGAUUAUAAAUUAGGGAUGAAAACAAUAGCUUCCCCCCUUCUUUCGUGUAACCCCUUAUUCUUUUAAACAAAACAGUCCCCCUUUUCUUUCCCUGGAAGAGCCAGUGGGGAAACUCCAUCAGGUCUUGCAAGGGUGUGUGUGUGGGGGGAGACUAGGUCACCUUUUGGAAAGCUGGGUGAUGUGCACCAAAAGAACCCUGAAGGCAAAGGUGGGUUUUGGAAAGCCCAGUUCCUUUCCCUUCUCUUUUCUUCUUAGCUCCUCUGGCAAACAGAGGCAACAAAACAUUUGUCAGCCCCGAGUCUGGCUUUGCCUCUGGUUGACCCCAGAAAGAUACAUUCCAGGGGACCCUCCUCAUCCCAUGGCAGGGGCGUGGAUGUGGGGGGAGGAAGUGUAGAACCCUACAUCUCAUUCUUAAAAUGCAAAAACAAGUCAAGGGAUUCACCCUUGGCCUCGGGUUGCCAGAAUCCCUCGCCCUUCCCCCUCUCUGCUCUCCUUACAGACAAACAAGCAGGUGGUGGCCCUGCCAGCCCUGCGGCCAGCUUGCUGCCAGGCUGGCCCUCCCCAUCCGAUCACCUACCUACCGGCCGGCACAGAGCCAGCAGCGCGUCCUCGCCCCGGGUUGGCCUUGGGCAUUGUGCCCUCCUUACUCCCCUGGAGCCGAAAAGCAGUCACCUUGAGACUCCCCACUCCCAGCACUAGUGGAAUUUUGAGGCCAAUUCUCAGACCUGACCAGUAAAUGACAUUAGCUACGAUGAGGCUAUUGAGGCUCUUAGUUCGGCCUCUGGAAGCCUGGGUUUUGCAAAAACCCAUUGUUAAUGCUCAGGGCUCUCUUGGGGGUAGACAAAUCUAAUUUGUGAGUAUCCUGUGCGCUGGAGAAGGGAACAUUCCACUUGGGUUUCUCCUCUGCAGACCGGAGUGUCGCUUUCUUCUUGUGAACUGUCAGGAGUGGCUCCUGUGGGGGGCUGUGUUUGGGGCCCCGCAUUCAGGCUUCAUAACUGCCUUUCUACUUUGCCUUGGCCUCAGACUGAGGGGCAGCCCUCUAGCGCAGCUUUUCAGAUGCACCCUGUUCUUGAAGCACUUUGCAUCUUACCUGGCUUGGUGGUGCAAAUUUGAGCGAGUUUCUCAUGCACGGAGCAGGGGGAAUGGGUGCCCUCCCCCACCUCCUCCCAGGCCCUUGGAACAUUUCCCUGUGUGCACACAGACACCUGUCUGUGCACACUCUCCGCUGCGGGGCUGCCUGAUUCCUAACCUUCCACCUAGCUAAGUCCAGGGCGAGGGGGCCCGGCCACAGCAGAGCUCCUGUGCAAGGCUCAGCAUCUGAAAGGGGAGGCUUUUCCUUAGGAACCUGUGACUUCACCAACCCUCUGUCACUGCAGCUUUUUUUUUUUUUUUUAAAGCUUCUAACAUCGGGUUGUUGGUGUCCUUUGGUUGAGGUUUUCCUAGUUCUGAUAUUUAGGAAGGUGGCUUUGAAACUAGCAGGGCUGCUUAAACACACGCUCAGCUAUUGAACAAACUGCUACCAUUUUAGCUUCAGUUCAGGAGUGAGGCAGUGUUGCCAGACGCCAUUUUAAGAAUCCUGCAUAAAUAGCUUAGCUACCGAUGACUCUGCCUGUUUUAGCUUGGCUGAAGAGGAAAUAAAAACAGAACAGGAGGUGGUGGAGGGCAUGGAUAUCGCCACUCGCUCCAAAGAUCCUGGCUCUGCAGAGAGAACGGCCCAGAAAAGAAAGUUCCCCAGCCCUCCACAUUCUUCCAAUGGCCACUCGCCACAAGACUCCUCAACGAGCCCCAUUAAAAAGAAAAAGAAACCCGGCUUACUGAACAGUAACACUAAGGAGCAGUCAGAACUAAGACAUGGUCCGUUUUACUAUAUGAAGCAGCCACUCACCACAGACCCUGUUGAUGUUGUACCGCAGGAUGGACGGAAUGAUUUCUACUGCUGGGUUUGUCACCGGGAAGGCCAAGUCCUUUGCUGUGAGCUCUGUCCCCGGGUUUAUCACGCUAAGUGUCUGAGACUGACAUCGGAACCAGAGGGGGACUGGUUUUGUCCUGAAUGUGAGAAGAUUACAGUAGCAGAGUGCAUCGAGACCCAGAGCAAAGCCAUGACCAUGCUGACCAUUGAGCAACUGUCCUACCUGCUCAAGUUUGCCAUUCAGAAGAUGAAGCAGCCAGGGACAGAUGCCUUCCAGAAGCCGGUUCCGUUGGAACAGCAUCCUGACUAUGCCGAAUAUAUUUUCCAUCCCAUGGAUCUUUGUACAUUGGAAAAGAAUGCUAAAAAGAAAAUGUAUGGCUGCACUGAAGCCUUCCUGGCUGAUGCAAAGUGGAUUUUGCACAACUGCAUCAUUUAUAAUGGGGGAAAUCACAAAUUGACACAAAUAGCGAAAGUAGUCAUCAAAAUCUGUGAACAUGAGAUGAAUGAAAUCGAAGUAUGUCCAGAAUGUUACCUAGCUGCUUGCCAAAAACGAGAUAACUGGUUUUGUGAGCCUUGUAGCAAUCCACAUCCUUUGGUCUGGGCAAAACUGAAGGGCUUUCCGUUCUGGCCUGCAAAAGCUCUGAGGGAUAAAGACGGGCAGGUCGAUGCCCGUUUCUUUGGACAACACGACAGGGCCUGGGUCCCAAUCAAUAAUUGCUACCUCAUGUCUAAAGAAAUUCCCUUUUCUGUGAAAAAGACAAAAAGCAUCUUCAACAGUGCCAUGCAAGAGAUGGAGGUUUACGUGGACAACAUCCGCCGGAAGUUUGGGGUUUUUAAUUACUCUCCGUUCAGGACACCGUACACGCCCAACAGCCAGUACCAAAUGCUGCUGGACCCUUCCAACCCCAGCGCCGGCACCGCCAAGAUCGACAAGCAGGACAAGGUGAAGCUCAACUUCGACAUGACGGCGUCCCCCAAGAUCCUGAUGAGCAAGCCCAUGUUGAGCGGCGGCACGGGCCGCAGGAUUUCCUUGUCCGAUAUGCCGCGCUCGCCCAUGAGCACGAACUCCUCGGUGCACACGGGCUCCGACGUGGAGCAGGACGCGGACAAGAAAGCCACGUCCAGCCACUUCAGCGCCAGCGAGGAGUCCAUGGACUUCCUGGAGAAGAGCACAGCUUCACCGGUUUCCACAAAGACGGGACAAGCGGGGAGCCUGUCCGGCAGCCCGAAACCUUUCUCUCCGCAAGCGUCGGCACCAGUCAUGACGAAAACGGACAAAAUGUCCACCACUGGAAGCAUCCUGAAUCUUAACCUGGAUCGCAGCAAAGCCGAGAUGGACUUGAAGGAGCUAAGCGAGUCCGUCCAGCAGCAGUCGGCCCCGGUGCCUCUCAUCUCUCCCAAGCGGCAGAUUCGCAGCAGGUUCCAGCUGAAUCUGGACAAGACAAUAGAGAGCUGCAAAGCACAGUUAGGCAUAAAUGAAAUCUCAGAAGAUGUUUAUACGGCCGUAGAGCACAGCGAUUCAGAGGAUUCCGAGAAGUCAGAUAGUAGCGAUAGUGAGUAUAUCAGUGACGAUGAGCAGAAAACCAAGAAUGAACCGGAAGACACAGAGGACAAAGAGGGUAGUCGGAUGGACAAAGAGCCAUCUGCUGUCAAAAAAAAACCCAAGCCUGCAAACCCAGUGGAGGUCAAAGAGGAGCUGAAAAGCACAUCACCAGUCAGCGAGAAGGCAGACCCAGGGCCAGUCAAGGACAAGGCCAGCCCUGAGCCCGAGAAGGACUUUGCAGAAAAAGCAAAACCGUCACCUCAUCCCACAAAGGAUAAGCUGAAAGGAAAAGAUGAGAUGGAUUCCCCAACAGUACAUUUGGGCCUGGACUCCGAUUCAGAGAGCGAACUUGUCAUAGAUUUAGGAGAAGACCAUUCUGGGCGGGAGGGUCGAAAAAAUAAGAAGGAACCCAAAGAGGCGUCUCCCAAGCAGGACGUCGUCGGUAAAGCACCACCAUCCACCAUGGCAGCAGGCAGCCAGUCUCCCCCCGAAACGCCGGUGCUCACUCGCUCUGCCACCCAAACCCCCACGCCCGGCGUCCCAGCCACCACCAGCACGACGUCCACCGUCACGGCCACGGCGUCGGCCGCCGCUGCCACAGGGAGCCCGGUGAAAAAGCAGAGGCCGCUUUUACCGAAGGAGACCGCCCCGGCCGUGCAGCGGGUCGUGUGGAACUCAUCAAGUAAGUUUCAAACGUCCUCCCAAAAGUGGCACAUGCAGAAGAUCCAGCGCCAGCAGCAGCAGCAGCAGCAGCAGCAGCAGCCUCAGUGCUCCCAGGGGACGAGAUAUCAGACCAGACAGGCCGUGAAAGCUGUGCAGCAGAAAGAGGUCACGCCGAGCCCGUCCACAUCCACCAUCACCCUGGUGACCAGCACCCAGCCGUCGCCCCUCAUCAGCUCGGGCGCCAGCAGCACCCUCGCCUCUUCCAUCAAUGCCGACCUGCCCAUCGCCACGGCCUCCGCCGACGUUGCCGCAGACAUCGCCAAGUACACUAGCAAAAUGAUGGAUGCGAUAAAAGGAACCAUGACGGAAAUAUAUAACGAUCUUUCCAAAAACACUACUGGAAGCACAAUAGCGGAGAUCCGCAGGCUGAGGAUCGAGAUCGAGAAGCUGCAGUGGCUGCACCAGCAGGAGCUGUCCGAGAUGAAACACAACUUGGAGCUGACCAUGGCUGAGAUGCGGCAGAGCCUGGAGCAGGAGCGGGACCGGCUCAUCGCCGAGGUGAAGAAGCAGCUGGAGCUGGAGAAGCAGCAGGCGGUGGACGAGACCAAGAAGAAGCAGUGGUGUGCCAACUGCAAGAAGGAGGCCAUCUUCUACUGCUGCUGGAACACCAGCUACUGCGACUACCCCUGCCAGCAGGCCCACUGGCCCGAGCACAUGAAGUCCUGCACCCAGUCAGCUACCGCCCCUCAGCAGGAAGCGGAUGCCGAGGUGAACACAGAAACACUAAGCAAACCUUCCCAGGGGAGCACCUCCGGCACCCAAGCAGCCCCUGCGGACACGGCCAGUGCCUCCAAGGAGAAGGAGCCAUCGGCCGAGAAGAGCAAGGACAGUGGCUCGACCCUCGACCUUUCUGGCUCCAGAGAGACGCCCUCCUCCAUUCUCCUGGGCUCCAGCCAAGGCUCUGUUAGCAAAAGGUGUGACAAGCAACCUGCCUAUGUCCCAACCACCACCGACCACCAGCCGCACCCCAACUACCCCGCCCAGAAGUACCACUCCCGGAGCAGCAAGGCCAGCGCCUGGAGCAGCAGCAGCGAGGAGAAGCGUGCGGUGGGCCGCUCCGAGCACAGCACCGGGGCCAGCACCAAGAGCCUCCUCCCCAAAGAGUCUCGGCUGGACGCCUUCUGGGACUAGGGGCAGGCAGUGCCCAGGGCCACCCAGCCCCCGGGAAGCAGCCUGGACGCUGGAGAAGAGGAGGCACGGAACCGGUGGGGACACGGCCUGGCUGGCGCUCGGCGCGGGGACACCCACACUACAGGACGUCGGGCAUCGCCUUGCUGAGACUGUUCGACCACUUGCGCCCUAAGCUUUAGGUGUAAAUAAUGUACAAUUGUGGAUGUCAUUGGACCUAGAGCACCUUUCCUUUUUAUAUUUGUAUGACUUUAACUUAUACAAAAAAGAAAAAUGAAAAACAAGAUAAAAAAAAACCCAACAACCAAAAAGAAUGUUUUGGUGUUGGGGAAAGGGAGUUGCCCAGUGGGGCCCAGGGAUCAAUGUCACAUACGGGUCCUGCUCCUCGGAUCCGCAGGGGAGCCCGCUGGUGUCCCCCGGCAGCACGGCGCAGUCGGGAGUCCGAGCACUGACCACCCAAGCCAUCGGCCCCUGGCCGCGCUCUGUCUCUAUCUCCUCAAACACGGGGCCCCGCAGAGCAGAUCUGCGCAAUCCCACGCGACGUACACGAUGACUCCUAAAGGGAAAAACAGCCACCUUGUUUACAGAAGCCACGCGGAAGCGAGCCCCGCUCAGCCAGAUGGCCGACGGAAGGCGCUAGAAAGCCUUCAGGUCACAAACUCGGCAACCAAGAAAAAGUCUGUUUCCUUUGCUUUAUGAUUCCUUUCACCACGCUCACCCCCUGAUCAGCUUUCUCCUCGGGAGCGGGAGGCCGAGGCAGGACACACGCAGGGUCCCGCGCGUCUGGACAGAGCAUGUAGGUAUUAUUCCGGGAUGCAGUUCUUCGUUUCUAUGUAAGCAUGAAGCAGAGCAGUGUGGGAGGAAGCUGUCUGUUACACUACGUAUGCUGUAGUAUCAUUUUGUAUGUUGUGUAAAACAAAGCAUUGAUCAGAAGCAAAAGGUGAUGUAUGUAUAUGAGAAAAUUAAUUGUACGAUAUCAUUCCAGGACAUUUUGUUGUACAUUUUAGUCUCAUUUCCUUUCUCUUCAUUGUUGAUAAGAGGAUGCGAACUGUACAGUUUCCAGCUAGUUCCCCAUAUUAGAGAAGAAAUAUGAAGAGAUACUAGAAGAAAACAGGAGAAAGGACCUUGUGAAUUGCAGCUGUCAAAAAAGAAAAAAAAAUAGCCUAGCUGGCCUUAUUUGUGAAGCAUAAUUGCUUUUAGCAUAUGGAAGUAUUUUUUCACAUUUUCUUUGUAUAAAAUUUGUAUUAAACAAAUAUCUUUUUUGA